AUGUUGGGUCCGUUGCCGGGGAGCAAGGAAGCGCUUUAUCAGAGCCGGCGGCCCUUCAGCCGAAAGAAAUGCAGCCCAGAAGGAAAUGCCUCCUUCUUCAGCAAGAUAACAUAUUCCUGGUACAGCAGAAUUAUAACUUUAGGCUAUAAGAAACCGUUGGAAAGAGAUGAUCUGUUCGAACUUAAUGAAAAUGAUUCAUCCUACGUUGUAUGUCCAGAUUUUGAAAAGCAGUGGAGAAGGGAAUUGUUAAAGUCAACCAAGGACAUAAAGGUGCCUGUACAUAAAGAUGUAACAAGGAAAGCAGUUUUCCAGAAAGUAUCUCUGCUGUCACCACUGUGGAAAACAUUUAAAGUUGCAUUGAUCAAGGUUACUAUUCUGAAAGUUACAGCUGAUUUUUUCUCUUUUUUGAGUCCACAGAUUAUGAAAGAAAUGAUUGAACUCUGUGAGCAUCAAUCUGGCCCAUCUUGGAAUGGUUACGGGUACGCGGUUGCUCUUCUUAUUGUGGUCGUUCUGCAAACACUUAUCCAUCAGGCUUACCAACGUCUUAACUUGCUUACCGCAGUAAAAAUUAAGACUGCAAUGGUUGGCCUCUUAUAUAAAAAGUCCUUGAAUUUGUCUAGUUCUUCACGACAAAAGUAUACAACGGGUGAAAUAGUUAACUUGAUGUCAACGGAUGUCCAGCAGCUCAUGGAGCUGACCAUCAACCUCAACCUCUUAUGGUCAGCACCUUUUCAAAUUCUGCUGGCCAUCAUCUUUCUUUGGCAAGAACUGGGCCCCUCUGUGCUAGCAGGAGUUGGAAUGCUGCUUUUGGUUGUACCUGUAAAUGUUUAUAUAGCUGCCAAAGUGAAGCAACUCAAGAAAAGUCAAUCGAAGAACACUGAUCAACGAGUUAAACUCUUAAAUGAAAUCUUGCAUGGCAUAAAGAUUUUAAAGCUGUAUGCAUGGGAGCCUUCAUAUCAGAAAAAAAUCAUGAACAUUCGGGAAAGUGAAAUAACUGUUUUGAGAUCAUCUGGAUACCUGACAACAUUUUCCAAUCUGACACUGACGUGUAUUCCAUUUUUGGUCUCUUUGGCUACCUUUGGCGUCUAUUUUCUGUUGGAUGAAAAAAAUGUUUUAACUGCAGCCAAAGUUUUUACCUCUAUUUCGUUGUUUAAUAUUUUACGACUUCCUUUGUUUGAUUUGCCUACGGUGAUUUCUGCCAUAGCUCAGGCUGAAGUUUCUCUGGGUCGUUUAGAGAAUUUUCUGUCUUCUGAAGACCUUGAUCCCCAAAACAUCAACACAGACUGUAGAGGAGAUCAUGCAGUUAGAUUUGUUAAUGCCUCUUUCCGCUGGAAGAAGAUUGGAACCACAACCUUACAUAAACUGAGUAUAGUGAUUCCAGAAGGCUCACUAGUUGCUGUUGUGGGUCAGGUUGGAGCUGGAAAGUCAUCUUUCCUUUCGGCAGUUCUUGGAGAAAUGGAGAAGAUUGAAGGAACAGCUCAGAGAAAAGGUUCAGUAGCUUAUGUGUCUCAGCAAGCCUGGAUACAGAAUUCAACUUUGCAAGAAAAUAUCCUCUUUGGCUCAGAACUGAACAAACUCUAUUACAAACGGGUUUUGGAGGCCUGUGCUUUGUUGCCAGACUUGGAACAAUUACCCAUGGGGGAUCAAACAGAAAUUGGAGAAAGGGGUGUGAACAUAAGUGGUGGCCAGAAGCAGAGAGUGAGCUUAGCUAGGGCUGUGUACAGUAAUGCGGAUCUGUAUUUAUUAGAUGACCCCCUGUCUGCUGUUGAUGUACAUGUUGGGAAGCAUCUUUUUGAGAAGGUGAUUGGGUCUUCAGGAUUAUUAAAAAACAAGACGCGUAUUUUAGUGACGCACAACCUGACACUUUUACCUCAGACAGAUAUUGUAAUGGUGAUGGAAGAUGGUAGAAUUACUGAAAUGGGAAGUUAUCAAGAACUGUUCUCCAAACGAGCAAACUUUGCUGAAUUUGUUCUGACGUUUGGCGGAGGAAAGGAAAAUCAAGAAACUUUCUCAGUAUCAAAGUCUUAUCCAAAAGACAGUAUUAAAACAAGAGAUCACGUUAUACCACAGCAAAGGCAAUAUGUGCAGCAUAAAGAUACGAGCACGUAUUUGGUGAAGAAAGAAAAAGUUGCCACUGGUACUGUGAAAAUGUCAGUUAUUUUGAAAUACCUACAAGCCUUUGGCUGGUCUUGGAUGUGGCUAACCAUAGCCGCUUACUUGGGUCAAAAUGCUAUGGCGAUAGGACAAAAUCUGUGGCUCAGCAUGUGGACAGCAGAAGCUAAACAACUUAAACACGUCACAGAAUGGAAGCAGUUAAGAAACUACAAAUUUGGCAUCUAUGGGCUCUUGGGAUUCAUACAAGGUCUUUUAGUUUGCUUUGGUGCGUAUGUGCUUACUAGAGGAUCUCUGUGUGCCUCUCGGGCGUUGCACCACCAGAUGCUAGACAGUGUACUGCACCUUCCGCUUCAGUAUUUUGAAACGAAUCCUGUGGGCCAGAUCAUCAACAGGUUCACCAAGGACAUGUUUAUAGUUGACAUACGUUUUCAUUAUUAUCUACGGACCUGGCUGAAUUGUACCCUGGAUGUUGUUGGAACCAUCCUUGUAAUUGUGUACGCCUCACCCCUUUUCUUGCUGGUGGUUGUUCCACUUGGAUACCUGUAUUUCACUAUCCAACGAUACUAUAUCGCUAGCUCCCGACAGAUUCGACGACUGGCUGGUGCUUCACACACGCCUGUAAUUUCACACUUCAGUGAAACACUUUUGGGUGUUUCUACAGUCAGAGCUUUUGGACAUCAGGAAAGAUUUAUAAAUCAAAACAAAGAUGUGAUCAAUGAGAACCUGGUUUGCUUCUACAACAAUGUAAUCUCGAACAGAUGGCUGGCUGUCCGACUUGAAUUUCUGGGCAACUUGAUGGUUUUCUUUGCUGCUUUGCUUGCAGUGCUUGCUAAUGGCAAGGUAGAUUCUGCCACCGUGGGAUUAUCAAUAUCCUAUGCACUCAAUAUAACUCAAAGUUUGAAUUUUUGGGUCCGCAAAGCAUGUGAAAUUGAGACCAAUGGAGUCUCCAUUGAACGGGUUUGUGAAUAUGCAAAUGCAGACAAAGAGGCACCCUGGAUAUUAUCCAACCGCCCACCAGCAGGUUGGCCUAAUGAAGGAGUAAUACAGUUUGUCAGUUACAAAGUUCGGUACAGGCCAGAUGUAGGUUUCGCUCUGCAGGACAUAUCUUUCCAAACUAGCAGAGAAGAAAAGAUUGGAAUAAUUGGAAGAACGGGUGCAGGGAAAUCAACUCUCACCAAUUGCUUAUUUAGAAUAAUAGAAAGAGCUGGAGGCAAAAUAAUCAUAGAUGGAAUUGACAUAUCAACCGUUGGCCUACAUGAUUUACGGGGCAAUCUAAACAUUAUUCCGCAGGACCCAGUCUUAUUCUCGGGAACGCUUCAAUCAAACUUGGAUCCACUUGGAAAAUAUUCCGAUCUCGAGUUGUGGAAUGCUCUGGAAUUGUGUGACAUGAAGAAUUUUGUGCAGUCGCUUCCAAAGAAACUUCAGCAUGAAAUUUCAGAGUGCGGUGAAAAUCUGAGUGUGGGGCAGAGACAGCUUGUCUGCCUCGCUCGUGCUUUGUUAAGGAAGACGAAAGUUUUGGUCUUGGACGAAGCAACAGCCUCCAUUGAUAUGGAAACAGAUAAUCUUGUGCAGUCCACAAUCCGGAAAGAAUUCUGCAACUGCACUGUACUAACCAUUGCUCACAGGCUGCAUUCCAUCAUGGACUCUGACAGAGUGCUUGUCCUUGAUUCUGGAAGAAUUGCUGAAUUUGAUACGCCACAGAAUUUGUUGCAACAGAGAGGCAUGUUUUAUGAAAUGGCAUCACAGGCUGGAAUACAUCAAGAGACCGUUAACCUCUAAUGAAUGCUGU